UCCUAAAUCUAAUCCUAACCUAACUUAGCGUGACCUAACCUAAUUAUUUAAUAACGAAUUGCUGCGUUAAAACAGCAAGUAUCUUAGGAAAGUAACAUUAAUAUUCCGAUCGUGAUGGCAAACGAUCGGGAAAUGCUCCGGGAAAUCUGGGAUGGUAAAAUUCCAGUUUGUUUUACUCUGGAUUCGGAGGAAACGUGUGAGUUGCAAGGGCCGGAUCCGUUUUAUCUAAUGGUACCUAGGUUAAGUUAUUUCCCAUUGUGUACAGAGAAGGUAAAAAAACACUUCAUACGGCACAUACAAAGUGACAGUAAACAAGAACACGAGAUGUGGCUGGAAUUUAACGGAAUUCCAUUAAAAUGGCAUUAUCCAAUCGGCGUUUUAUUAGACAUUUAUUUCAAUGACAUUCAGUUGCCUUGGAACAUUGUUGUCCACUUUGAUAAAUUUCCGGAAAAUGUUCUAAUGCACUGCCAAAACAAGGAAGUUGUGGAAGCUCACUUCCUCUCUUGUAUAAAAGAAGCGGAUGUUUUAAAGCACAGAGGACAAAUUGUAUCUAGUAUGCAGAAAAAAGACCACACGCAGUUGUGGAAUGGAAUUAUGAACGAUAAAUUCGACCAGUUCUGGUCUGUGAAUGGUAGGCUCAUGGAAGCCAUCACUGAAGAGGGAUUUAAAUACAUACCCUUUCGAUGCUACACCAGUGAGGAUAAGUAUAUACAGAAACUAGUGAGGCCGAUAAACGAAGAAGGCCAAAGGAAAACGUUGAAGCAUUUAUUAAGCGAAGUAUUCCCGGAUCAAGAAAGUGUUACAGUACGUACUCACGGUAUCAUACCACCGUUAGAAACGCCGCUUCAAUGGAUGGCGGAGCAUUUGAGUUACCCGGACAAUUUUUUGCAUCUAAUUGUCGUCACAUCGUAACGUCCAAUGAAUAAAACCGGAUAAUUUCGUCA